UCUUCCCGACCAGUCCUUAAGAAGAAGAUUUCCGUGUGUACUAACGUGCACUACGUAGCACACUAAAGUUUUGUGUGGAUUGGAGGAAGAGUGAUAUGCUGGCUGAAGCAGAAAAGCUUGGAGACAUGAUCCCUAAUGCCCAUAUCUUUAGGGAUCAUGAAGGAGGUUUAAUCCAGAAGUGGAAAACAGAGAGGAACAUACUGUAUCCAUGUUAGGAGAAAGAUAGUUACUACAGCUGAAGAAGAUUAACGCUGGCAUUGCAAAAAGAUGAGUAUGUUAAAACCAAGUGGACUUAAGGCUCCUUCAAAGAUCACCAAGCCUGGGAGUGCAUUACUGAAAACACCUGCAUCUGUUGCAGCUGCUCCUGCAGAAAAAGCAGCUUCCAGUGAAAAAUCCUCAAGCGCAACCACUGCAGAUGCACAUGAGGAGUUUGUGGAUGAUUUCAGAGUUGGGGAGCGCGUUUGGGUCAAUGGAAAUAAACCUGGCUUUAUUCAAUUUCUUGGUGAAACUCAGUUUGCUCCAGGACAAUGGGCAGGGAUUGUUCUAGAUGAACCAAUCGGUAAGAAUGAUGGCUCUGUGGCUGGAGUUCGGUAUUUCCAGUGUGAACCGUUGAGGGGAAUAUUUACAAGGCCAUCAAAGUUGACAAGAAAAGUGCUGGCGGAAGAUGAAGCCAAUGGUACACAGACAGUUCAUGCUUCUAGAGCUACGUCCCCAACUUCCACAUCAGCUGCUAGUGUGGUGUCUUCGUCCCCUGCUGCACUUCCCCCUUCAGGAAUUCCACAAAAAACUUCACCGCUUGCUGCUAAGGAGCACUCAACUCCUCAAAUUAGCAAUCUUUCAAAAACUGCAAGUGAAUCUAUAUCAAAUCUCUCUGAAGCAGGAUCUGUGAAGAAAGGAGAAAGGGAGCUCAAAAUUGGAGAUAGAGUUCUGGUUGGUGGAACAAAAGCUGGGGUUGUUCGUUUCCUUGGAGAAACUGACUUUGCUAAAGGAGAGUGGUGUGGAGUGGAGCUGGAUGAACCUCUAGGAAAGAAUGAUGGAGCUGUUGCUGGAACAAGAUAUUUUCAGUGUCAGCCAAAAUAUGGUUUGUUUGCUCCAGUCCACAAAGUUACGAAGAUUGGAUUCCCCUCAACCACACCAGCUAAAGCAAAGACAACUGUGCGAAAAGUGAUUGCAACUCCCUCAGCCCUGAAACGUAGUCCAAGCGCAUCUUCCCUGAGCUCUCUCAGUUCUGUGGCAUCUUCAGUAAGCAGCAAGCCAAGCCGUACAGGACUAUUGACAGAAACAUCUUCCCGGUAUGCCAGAAAAAUCUCUGGUACCACAGCCCUACAGGAAGCGUUGAAGGAGAAGCAGCAGCAUAUUGAACAGCUCCUGGCAGAAAGGGACUUGGAGAGGGCAGAAGUUGCUAAAGCAACCAGUCACGUAGGGGAAAUAGAGCAGGAAUUAGCACUUGUUCGAGAUGGACAUGAUCGGCAUGUACUGGAGAUGGAAGCAAAAAUGGAUCAGCUUCGAGCUAUGGUGGAGGCUGCUGAUAGGGAGAAAGUGGAGCUCCUCAAUCAGCUUGAGGAAGAGAAAAGGAAAGUUGAAGACCUUCAGUUCCGUGUAGAAGAAGAAUCCAUUACCAAAGGAGACCUAGAGCGAAAGAGGCAGAUUUCGGAAGAUCCAGAAAAUACGCAGACCAAACUGGAGCAUGCCCGCAUUAAGGAGCUUGAACAGAGCCUGCUCUUUGAAAAGACCAAAGCUGACAAACUCCAGAGGGAGUUAGAAGACACUAGGGUGGCCACAGUAUCAGAAAAGUCUCGCAUCAUGGAACUAGAAAGAGAUCUAGCAUUGCGUGUGAAAGAAGUAGCUGAGCUUCGAGGGAGGUUAGAGUCUAGUAAGCCCAUUGAUGAUGUGGACACUUCUCUGUCAUUGUUACAAGAAAUAAGUUCCUUACAAGAAAAAAUGGCAGCAGUUAGUAAGGAACAUCAGAAUGAGAUGAAUUCACUGAAAGAGAAGUUUGGAAUUAGUGAAGAAGCUCUGCAGAAGGAGAUCAAAUCACUUUCAGCUUCAAAUGAGAGAAUGGCAAAAGAAAAUGAGUCCUUGAAAUCCAAGCUUGAUCAUGCCAACAAGGAAAAUUCAGAUGUAAUAGAGCUAUGGAAAUCAAAACUGGAGUCUGCAAUUGCCUCCCAUCAACAAGCAAUGGAAGAACUAAAAGUUUCUUUCAGCAAAGGUGUGGGGGCUCAGACAGCAGAGUUUGCAGAGUUGAAGACUCAGAUGGAGAAAAUUAAGUUAGACUAUGAAAGUGAAAUGUCCAAUUUAAAACUGAAGCAGGAAAAUGAAAAAUCUCAUUAUUUAAAAGAGAUUGAAGCACUGAAAGCAAAGCUGUUGGCAGUUACAGAGGAGAAAGAGCAAAACCUGGAAAGCCUGAAGACCAAACUGGAAAGUGUGGAAGAUCAACAUCUAGUAGAAAUGGAAGACGCUUUAAACAAAUUACAGGAAGCUGAAAUAAAGGUAAAGGAGCUAGAGGUACUGCAAGCCAAGUGCAAUGAACAAACCAAGGUUAUUGAUAGUCUUACACCACAGAUCAAAGCUGCUGAAGAAAAGCUUUUGGACCUUGCUGCACUUGAAAAAGCCAGUUCUGAAGGUAAAUUGGAAAUCCAGAAACUUAGCAAGCAGCUUGAGGCAGCUGAGAAACAGAUAAAGAAUUUAGAGACUGAAAAGGUUGAUGGAAGUGGCAAGGCUAGUAGUCUGGCCAAAGAACUGCAGGGCAAAGAGCAAAAGCUUCUUGACCUUGAGAAAAACUUGAGUGCAGUUAAUCAAGUUAAAGAUUCUUUGGAAAAGGAGCUUCACGUCUUGAAAGAGAAGUUUGCUGAGGCAGCUGAUGAAGCAGAAAAUGUUCAAAAAACUAUGCAAGAAACAAUAAAAAAGCUAAGCCAAAAAGAAGAGCAGUUUGCAUUCAUGUCUUCAGAACUGGAACAGCUGAAGUCUAAUUUGACAGUUAUGGAGAAGAAAUUGAAGGAGAGAGAAGAAAGAGAACAGCAACUGAUUGAAGCUAAAGUCAAACUUGAAAAUGAUAUUGCAGAGAUCAUGAAGUCUUCAGGAGACAGCUCUGCUCAACUUACAAAAAUGAACGAUGAGCUACGGUUAAAAGAAAGGCAGUUGGAGCAAAUGCAACUUGAGCUUGCAAAAGCAAAUGAAAAGGCUGUUGAGCUCAAGGAAAACAUGGAGCAGACAACGCAGAGAGCUGAGCAGAGUCAGCAAGAAACUCUUAAGAUUCAUCAAGCAGAACUGAAGAAAAUGCAGGAUCAACUAAUAGACCUGAAAAAGCAAAUUGAGACUAGCCAAAAUCAGUAUAAGGAUCUUCAGGCAAAGUAUGAAAAAGAAACUUCUGAGAUGAUCGCUAAACAUGAGACAGAUAUCAAAGGACUUGAGCAGAACUUGCUGGAUGCAGAAGAGACCCUGAAAAUUGCACAAAAGAAGAAUAAAGAGUUGGAAACACAGGCUGAGGAGCUGAAAAAGCAAGUGGAACAGGCCAAAGCUGCUAAAAUGGCAGAAGAUGCUUUUCAGAUUGUGGAGCAAGUGACCAAAGAGAAGGAUGCCCUUCACAAAGAAAAGAUUGAAACUUUGGCCUCUUUGGAGAACUCUAGACAGACAAAUGAGAAGCUGCAGAGUGAAUUGGACACGCUUAAACAAAACAACUUGAAAAAUGAAGAGGAGCUUAAUAAAUCAAAAGAACUUCUAAAUUUAGAGAACAAGAAAAUGGAAGAAUUUAGAAAAGAAUUCGAAGCGCUGAAGCUGGCAGCUGCUCAGAAGUCCCAGCAGCUUGCAGCUUUGCAAGAGGAGAACGUGAAACUUGCCGAGGCGCUGGGCAGGAGCAGGGACGAAGUCACGAGUCAUCAGAAGCUGGAAGAGGAGAGAUCGGUACUCAAUAACCAGUUAUUAGAGAUGAAAAAGAGCUUGCCCAGUAACACUUUAAGAUGAGGAUCUGACCAAAAAGUGGAAACAUUGGCUUAAUAACAACUUCCUGAGCAUGAGACAAGUUGCUGGGGUCCCACCUGCCCUUCUACAGCUGCGUGAAGAGCAGAGAGAAACCUGGGCGAACUCUCAGGUAUGGGAGAGCUUGUGAGCAGCAACUUUGAUGCUUUAAUGCUCGUACUUUAAUGCUUUCCCGGUCUUAAAAGCACAGAGUUGCAGCUCUGUGGACUGGAAAGGGCAGCUGCGCUUGUCAGCAGCCUUCUUCCCCAGCAUCUGAUACGUUGGAGGGACGUUUGUCCCACCCGUGUUUUCUCUUGCACGCCUCUGAGCUUUUGACCCAAAUCAGCAAAGCAUUUUAAAAUGUGGGUUAGGCUCGAACAUGGAAGUGUUCCUGCUGAAGAAAACAGAUUGCUCUAAUGUUUUUAGUGCUCUGUUGAAUCAGGGUUGGCAAAGGAUAAUGAGGAGGUCGAUUAAACGUUGUUGCCCUUUUUGUUAACAGGAGUAUAAGCUUGUUUUUGAAGGCGAGAUUGUGCAGUCUGCAGUUCAUUGUGUUUCUGUUUAUAUUAAUUCUCUCAUUGUAAAAAUAUACCAAAAACAAAACCAACCUUUUGAUUCUUGUGCGGUGGCCGCACCAACGUUUCUAAACCCCAGAUUCUCCACUUGCUGCUUCCGUUCCCGAGUAUAAUCUUAACAAUGAAAGAAUUACAUUAAUUGUGCUCUCGUUGUCGAGUUGCCUAUUUAUCUUGAGUCACUGAGAUUAUUUCAUGGUCUGGGUAUCGUGGCUCUCACUAACUGUAGAUACCAUGGUUAUGAAAACUUUACAGUUUGGGCCUAUCAGCUAUCCCCUACUUACUGUGCACAAUGUCACACACAAGGACAUGUUCUGCCCCUUGAACAGUCCUAAGAGAUUGUAGUGUUUAGUUACUUGGAUGAAAUCACUAUGCCAUUUGGUCUCUUUGAAGUAUUGGCUACUUCACACUCUGUAUUUUGUACUGAAUACACAUUCUGAUAGGUUAGUUCGCCAGCCCUGAAAACUAGUAAGAAGAAAAAGCAGCUAACUUCAGCAGUGAGCCUGAUUUUUCUAAACUGAGAUGCGUGAAAUUGCACAGAAAACGGACUUCAUCUUCAGAAGCUUAGUUGCACCCUAGAUAAGUAAGCAGAUUUUGCAGUGGCAAUAAAUGCUUUUCAAAAGGACAGAAGUCUUUCAGCUUGUAAGGAACUAUAGCAGUAGCCCUGGCAUCAGGGGACAAUUAUUCAUGUGUGCGUGUAUUUUGUGACCCAUCGGGAAGACUUGUUAGUAUUAGUGUGAGAAUGCCAUAGCCUGCAGUUCAGCAAUGCCCUCUCAGCUACCCCACAGCAAGGGGGCCGGAUCUCUCCCGUACUUAAGUAUUGCUAAUGCAAUCAAAUGACAUCUAGGCUGUUGAAAGCCCUUGUUCCCGUCGCUACCUUAAAUGGGGUGGUGCUGAGUCUGUUCCAGUCUGGGGUUAACUGUAACUGUGGUGCCGACAGGGUACGGUUUCACAUCACCUGUUAACUCUUUGGAUUACUUUUGAAAGCAUUAGUUCAUGAAUACAAAAAGCAUCAAAUGCUUUUCAGUUAUUCUGAUGCUGGGUAUAUGGUAGCCACGAUGCUCUAAGGACACCAUCAGAACAGUAAUUCUAGGUAGAAGUCAUAGCUCUUAUUAGAUCAACUGAAAAAGUUAGGAAAACAGACAAAAUUGUACGUAGGGAGUGUUUAUGCCUGCUUUGGGGGUUUUCUUUUUAGAGCUGCCUUUCAGGAAGUAAAACGUUACAACUAGUUUUCUGCUGAAACAGUAGCUGUUAAAGGCCCAGAAGUUCUCAAAGUAUGCAUCUCUGGCAAUCAUGAUGUUAUUGAAAUUAGUGAGGACCAGCUGAUAUUUCCAGUAUCAUCAAUGCUUUGCAUGACAACUUGUAUAAUGAGCUUUGCAUGUAUGUUUUGUUGCUUGUUAAUAAUUUUCAAGAAGUAACAAAACUCUGAAGUUAGGUUUUGUGGAACAUUCUGUGAGAAAUGUUUGUUUAUCCUAUAUCUUCCCAGUUUAUUAACUUGUUUGUUUAAAUUCAAAUGGAUACGAUGAUAUGCAGAUUCUGGCAUGUACUACGUAGGUAAACUUUUUGCUUUGUUUCCGCAGUUGUAAAAUCUGAAAUGUGUAUACAUAUAAACAAAUCUCAGUCGCAUACAGAAUUGAAGUUUGUUUUUAAGAACCACUUUUUACAGUAGUCUUAAUAUUUGGAUUAAAAUUAUUUGGGCAACAACAAUAAACUCUUCUUUAG